AUGGCUAAUCGCUCUCCGGAGUCGAUGACUCGACAGCACACUCAUGACAUCGAACUCGGUGUUUCGGAGGUUUUGCAGCGGCAUAUCACUCGCCAUGUGGUUGCCCCAAAGCCGGUCUCCCAGAGAAAGCUCAAUUUCGAGCACAAGAGACCGCGAAUUCUGCGGGAAAUGAUGGCAGAAGCCACUGGCGUGUUUUUCUACGUCUUUCCCGGUAUUGCCUCUGUGGCUUCAUUCACUCUGGCUACUACCAAUGGCGUCGGGGCUGCUGUCGGAAUCCCGGUCUUUGGGUCUCUCUUCCAGAUUGGUUGUGCGUUCGCCAUGGGUAUUGCGUUUGCGAUCAUCACCUGUGCACCCACUAGCGGUGGGCACUUCAACCCAGCCAUCACUAUUUGUUUUGCUAUCUGGCAAGGCUUCCCUUGGAAGAAAGUACCGCACUAUAUUUUCUCUCAGAUCUUUGGGGCGUUCAUCGCCGGCUUGUUUCUCAUGGCGUGCUACUGGCCACAGAUACAAGCUGCCAAAGCCAUCGAUAUCAAAGAGCACGGUACUGCCGUUUACAACGGCGGAGUAGCCAGCAUAUUCUGCACGUUUCCUAACCCAGACCAGUCGAAUCAAGGAUAUCUCUUCUUCCAGGAGUUCUUUGUGGACAGCUAUAUCGGGAUCUUGAUCUGGGCUUGUCUCGAUCCCGCCAACCCCUUCGUCAGCCCGGUCUCUGCGCCCUUCACGAUCGGUCUUGUCUACGCAGCCAUGGUCUGGGGUUUCGCCGGAAACAGCAUCUCGACCAACCUGGCAAGGGACCUGGGCACUCGGAUCGUCGCCGCCAUCUUCUUCGGCGGCGAGGCCUUCAGCUUCGACAACGGCUACUCGUGGAUUUCCAUCCUCGUAAACAUCCCCGCUACCAUCUUCGCCACGGGGUACUACGAGUUCUUGAUGCGGGACAGUCUGCAGAAGAUCCACAAGGGACAUGCUGAACACGAAGAGGGCGAGGAGGGACUGUCCAGAUAUCUCUCCAAGGUCACUGGCAUGGACGUGCCCAGCGCGACGGAGCGCGGUGCCAUGAAUGCUGCGAACGGCAUUAUUGAGAAGCAGUUCUGA